CUGAACCUCGGCAUUCGCCACUCAGACACACACCUCUUUCCUGGAGCACUCGCUAGGACCGACUCAUUCCACUCAUGAACCUGCCCAAGCAGCAGGAUCAUUUUCUGGAAAUAAACAAGAAGAACUGCUGCGUGUUCCGGGAUGACUUCAUCGCCAACGUGCUGCCCCCAGUGCUGGGGCUGGAGUUUGUGUUCGGGCUCCUGGGCAAUGGCCUUGCGCUGUGGAUUUUCUGCUUUCACCUCAAGUCCUGGAAAUCCAGCCGGAUUUUCCUGUUCAACUUGGCUGUGGCUGACUUUCUCUUGAUCAUCUGUCUGCCAUUCCUGACGGACAACUACGUGCGGAAAUGGGACUGGAGGUUCGGGGACGUCGCUUGCCGGCUGAUGCUGUUCAUGCUGGCCAUGAACCGCCAAGGCAGCAUCAUCUUCCUCACGGUGGUGGCCGUGGACAGGUACUUCCGGGUGGUUCACCCUCACCACGCUCUCAACAAGAUCUCGAAUCGGACGGCGGCCAUCAUCUCCUGCCUCUUGUGGGGUGUCACCAUCGGGCUGACGGGUCACCUCCUGUACAAGAAGAUGCUGAUCAGGAACCGAGACGCCAAUCUGUGCAGCAGCUUCAGCAUCUGCCAUACCUUCCGGUGGCAUGAUGCCAUGUUCCUCCUGGAGUUCGUCCUGCCCCUGGCCAUCAUCCUGUUCUGCUCGGCCAGAAUCAUCUGGAGUCUGCGCCAGCGGCAGAUGGACAGACACGCCAAGAUCAAGAGGGCCAUCAACUUCAUCAUGGUGGUGGCCGUCGUCUUCAUCAUCUGUUUCCUGCCCAGCGUAGCCGUGCGCAUCCGCAUCUUCUGGCUCUUGCACACCACGGGCACGAGGAACUGUGACAUCUAUCGCUCCGUGGACCUGGCGUUUUUCCUCACCCUGAGCUUCACCUACAUGAACAGCAUGCUGGACCCUUUGGUGUACUACUUCUCCAGCCCAUCUUUCCCCAACUUCUUCUCCACCCUGAUCAACCGCUACCUGCGGAAAAAGGCGCCCCAAGAAGCAGAUAAUAUCCAGAGCACAAGCAUGGAGCUCACUGCAGAUCUGAGCACCACCAGGAGCGUGCCAGACAAUUUAGUGGCCCACAUUGGUGAGCCGUGGAACCCGUCUUAUCUGCCCCCAGCUUCCCGCAAUCACCGAGCCAAGAAGGGAGAUUGUCACCAAGAACCAGGGUCUCUGGGGAUAGGGUCUGGCUGGGUGCACAGAGACCAUCGUGAGAUGGGGCCCGUGGUUUCCCGGGGCUUCCAGAUUCAGAGAAUCGGAUUUAGAGAAGAGGUGUGGCAGAGUGGGCUGCCUGGUCGUGGAGCGUCCCCAGAGGACUCUUGCUGGGGGGGAACAGAGAGUAAAGCUCCUGUAACUUCUUCCCAACCUCUCUGACACUCACAAAACCGAAGACAGCAGAACUGUCCACACUUGUGCCGAGCGGAGCUGGAGGCAGGGAGACGCCCACGAGCACCUGUGAUUCACUGUCCUUUCCGUCACCUGCCUGAGGUGGGCAUGGUUCUCCGCUCCCGGGGCGAAUUCCCAGUCUGUUGGUGGGCUCUAGCUGGGAUAAGGAAAGCUUACGUGGUUGGAAGGGCGUUAUGGCCCCUCGGGGGAGGCCAGGAAUCAUUCAAGAAACCAGUAGGUCACCCACAUUCCAUGGGACCAACUCAUCUUUCGUCCAAGCUUUAGCAGAAAAGCAGUAGGUAGGGAGAGGCACAAGCUUUGGUUAAUAUCGGAGUUUCCGGUAGCGUAAGAGAGGGAUUAGCCAGGGUGAGACUGAGCGGAACAGUCUCACUUAGAGAAAGGAACGACAUCUGGGCAGCAACUUGCGGCUAAUCCGUUCCUCUCCUUUGACACUAAUUGGAAGUCUGAGCGGUUUGGUUAGAGGCUUCAGAGAAGACCGCUGCUCCCCACUUCCGUUUGGUUUUAUCAUUAAAAGGGAAAUGCUGCCCAGUGGUUAGAGGGAGACGGUUCCUCCUGGUUCGUUUGCUUGUGUUUCUGUCCUUAUAAGAAAUCUACCACUUCAAUAAAUUUUGAUA